CAUUCAGCCGAGCACAUUUUAGGCUCAUGCUUGAAAGCUUCUCCUUUUAAAUGAACUUUUACUCAUCAUACACCUUCCUGUAAUCGUAUAUGAUAUAUUCCGACCUGUUUGGCUGAACUCAAACGUCUUCCUGCUGCCUAUAUAGUUGUUCUACGUCAGAUAAUACCAUCCCACUUAGUGCACUGUAAGAAGCCAUUUGGAAGUAAUCCACUGACCCAAGCAGAGGUCAUCUGCGAUGUCUGAUUUAGGAAUAGAGAUUGAAAAGGGGGAAGUUCAGGGAGAAACUAGCGGCAGUAGCAUUAAAAAGCGUGUAGGGCUUAUUGUCACGUGUGCACUCGGAGGCUCGCUGGUCACUCUGUACGCAGUAGCCGGACCUUUCGUUGCUCCGGCGCUGAGAAAAGUCUGUCUCCCGUUCGUCCCUGCUACAAACACUCAGGUCAGAAACGUCCUCAGCGUUCUGCGGUCAAGAUCGGGGGCCCUUGUGGACAUUGGAAGUGGUGAUGGACGGAUAGUUAUAGCUGCAGCGAGAGAGGGUUUCAGGUCCGUCGGCUUUGAGCUGAACCCUUGGUUGGUGUGGUACUCCCGUUACAAAGCAUGGAGACAAGGGGUUCAUCGCAGCACCUCCUUUUAUAUCUCUGACCUGUGGAAGGUCAGCUUUUCACAGUACUCUAAUGUUGUCAUAUUUGGAGUUCCACAGAUGAUGGAGCAGCUGGAAGCCAAGCUUCAGACAGAGCUUCAGUCCUCAGCCAGAGUGGUGGCCUGCCGUUUCCCCUUCCCCACAUGGACUCCUGAUCACGUGACCGGAGAGGGAAUAGACACAGUGUGGGUAUAUGAUGCCAAGACUUUCAAAUCUCACACAACAACAACAACAAAGCUGCUGAACAACAGUGAAGACAAAACUUGUCUAUGAUGAAGUCAGAUUAAAGUACUGUACACAUGCAAUGUUUUUAUGUUAACUGGUUAUUGAGAUAUCUUGUUUAUUCUGGUUUAAAUUUCAAACGUCCUAGAGUAAAGAAGUGCAAUAAAAAUAUGCCUUUCUUGUCA